AUGAAGUAUAAAAAAGUGUAUUUGCCUUUUGAUGAGCAAUUUAUUUGUUCUAUCCAAAAUCCUGCCAAACCAACUAUUGUUGUAUCUAUAUUUGGCAAAUCUACACUAGCUUCAAAAUCUUGCAAAGCUCGUUUUGUGAAUGAUUUUUAUGAUCGCCCAAUUUUCGAUUCAUCAUUAGUACAAGAUACAAAUUCAAAACUUCAGUCCUCAAUCGAGUGUUUUCAUGAUGAAGCUGGAGGUAUUGUUUAUCUACAUUUAACUGGUUCUUUUGACAGUCUUUCAAUUACACAAAACAUAGAUGAAUUAUCAACUGAAAUUGAAGAAAAAGGUUUUCUAAGAGUUUGGUCCACAUUGAAGUACAAUUAUGCAUGUUCAUUAUUGUUUUUGUUUAAUAUAUCACACAUUCUUGUAUUAACACAUCCAGUUCCUAUAUUUGAUGCUAGCUACUUGAGUUUUUUCAAAGCUCUUGAUUGUUCAAGAUCAAAAUUCCUCAAUAUAAUAAAAUCUACUUUAUCAAAAAUACCUAAUGUUUCUUCAAGUUGGAUGGAAAACGGUAGACUGUGUUCUCCAAGAUUAUUAUUUUAUUAUGAAUCAUGUCCAGAUGAGUUUAAGAAAAAUAAGCAAACCACUGGACCAUGUCAUCCAGGCUUAAAAAAAGCUGAACAUUCUUUAGAAGAUCAAAUCUAUAGUAUACUUAGAAAAAGACGAAUUAUUUCCAAUAUAAGUAUCAAUUCGAUGUUUGCUAUACCGGCUAAUCAAGAAUAUGUAUUUAUGGAUGAUUCACCUGAUCAAAUUUUAGACUGGGAUGAAUUUUUGACUAACUCACUGAUAACUAUGUGUAAUAGUUCAUCUGUUGUAAUUAAAGAUUCUUUCAAUGAUUGUGAGGUCGAAGAUAUUCUGGAGAAUGAUUUUUUGAAUAAAAGUCAUAAUAUAAAAAAAUUUUUAUUUGAUCAUAUUGAAGUAGCGUUUAAAAAAGGAUUUGAUGAUAAUAUUGGUAGACAUGCUAUUACCAUUGCAAACUAUUUUGAGGCUCCUGAUAUUGGCACAUGGUGUCAAGUAGCAAACGAAAUGUAUAAUUUAUUUAUUAUUGCAAAAGAUCUUGAUGAAGAAUCUAAAAUUGCCAUGGAAGCAUUAAGAUCAUUUUUAGAUAUUGAUACUAAUUUUAGCGAGAGACGAUGCCGUAAAGUUCAGCCGAUUGCCAUGGCUACUUAUCAAGAAAAUUUACCAUCACAUUAUAACAGAAACUAUCAUGAUACUAGAGUAGCUCAAGCCCUUUCAGUGUUUGCUCAACAUGCUCGUGGUCCAUUAUUUGAUGAUUAUAUUCAGAUUUUAAUACAAGACUGUGAUCAACUGUGGCAGUCAGGUCGUCAAAUGUGUGAAACUCUGUCUUUAACUGGAAAUCCAUGUACACAACCUUUACAUAAAGGGGGUACUGUUGAUGGGCCUAUAAAGGAACCGGAACAAGAUGACAAUCCAGUUAAUCGGGAAGACUUUCCUGUUAUGGAGCAUUCAAGUAGUGUCAUGUACUUGUCUGCAUGCAAUUGUGGUCAUAAACAAGGUACUCGUGAAGAUCCAUUUACAAUUAGAACAGCUAAUUAUGAUUUUUAUCAAAUCAUGGCCAAAGAUUGCAUCUGUGGUUGUUUAGAUAGAAUCAAUUUCCCAGUAUUUCAACCAAGUACUCAAGAUUUUAGAGCGGCACAAUUAUUUGCUAAACCUCCAGUGAUUGCUGGUCGGAAAAAUAGUGCUGGUUUAUUACAUACACCAACUCAAAUGGGCCAUACACAAGGAUUAAGUUUAGGAGGAGUUUUUGCCAGUUGUCAUUCUGUAGAUCCAAUUAAUGACAUUUUGGGUGAAGAAUCUCGGAAUAGAGAAUUACCAGAUAGACAGGGUCUAAUUUCUGUUGAAUUGACUAACAGGCAAAAAAAUGAAGAUACCAUCUCGAGCAAUCAGAUUGUUAUUAGAGUAACUGAUACUGAAAGUGAAACAAAAGAAAAGUCAUUAGUUCGACAACCAAGUACUACAGAAUACUUACCUGGGAUGUUGCAUACUGAUUCGCCCAAUAGUUUAUUACCACAGUUUCCAUCUUGGUCUUUAGUUUGCCUUGGUUCGUCUUGUUUGUACUCACAUAAUUUAGGACUUCAAGAAACACAGCAUCCUGGGUUUUUGAAUUCUACCGCCUAUCUUUUACCUUGGGAUGUUACUGUAAGAUUAGAACAUCAUCCUAGAGAUCGAUAUUGGAAUACUGAUAAGAACAAAAUUAAUUUAUCUCCUGUUCAACGUGGGCGAAAGACCAAAGGUUUUAGAGAAUUUUCUGUUAAAAUUUUCAUCGGAGUUGAGUAUGAAUGUCCAAGAGGUCAUCGGUUUAUGUGUUCAGCACCUGACAAAAUAUUAACUACAGCUAAUAAUGGUAUUGUAAAAGAAAAUGGAAAUAAAGUAUCCAAUUCUGAUAUGCCAUUAUAUUUUCCAUGUCCUUGCAGCUCAGCUUCAAUGAUGGCUCAGCUUAUGAGGAUCCACGUAGUAACUCCUAAAGCACCAGUACAUGUGACUUUAAAUCCUAUGGUUCAACCUGAUGAAAAUGGUGGACCAAUAUUUGUAACAGGAUUUGAUACACCUAUUGAACUUACCCAAAGUACUUAUUGGAUUCUUCGUUUACCCUAUGUUUAUGCGGGUGAUCGAGGUCCAUACCUUCCACCAAAAGAUCCAUCACAAAAAAAUGUAGGAAAAUUACUUAAAGGGGUUUACAGUGUAGCAGAAGCAACAACAGAUAAUAACAAACUUAACAUUUAAAAUAUUUUUAUUAUUUGGCACGAUUAAUGGCAGGAUGAAAUUUAUAAAUGGCACAUCAUACAUCAAUAAUGUCAAAA